UCGGACCUAGAAUCAUGUCCACUCCGCAAGAAAAGGAAGUUAACGAAGGCGAACCUGCAUCAUUUCGAUGUGAUGCUGUGGGAAACCCCAGUCCUACAAUCUUGUGGACGAGAGCAGGAGACGACCAGAUUCUUUCCAAAGGAGACACCUGGCAACAAGGCGAAUAUAUCUGCACUGCAGUAGUCGAAGGAUUCAAACAUGCUUCCGUAUCACAUUUUCUGCACAUUCGAGGCCCACCAAUCAUCACGGUUCCUGCUGAGGUGGCAGCUGAUGUUGGAGAAACCGUCGAGAUGUCCUGUCAUGUCAGUGGCAGACCGAAACCAUUGGAAGUGAAUUGGAAAAAGAACGGCGAAGAUCUCGACUAUGCUUCAGGGAAGAUGCAGGUUCACCAAAUUCCACGGUCUUAUGGUGUUGAAAGCCGACUGAUAAUUCGCGAUUUACGAGAAAUUGAUAUGGGUGCCUAUAAUUGCACAGCUAAUAAUGGUAUCGGUGCAGAUGCGAAAACAGUGACGCUGCAGCCGCGUGGUGUUGCAAAUCUUUUUGGUAGGCUUUUUUCUUGCUUUUCUUUUCUUUAUUCACAAGUUAGACCUUUUUUGCGCCGUGCUUUUUUCAUGUGCUUUUCGUUUUAUGUACUUACAGCUAUUUUUUGUUUCUUUCAUGUCACAGUCAUCUUUUUUCAGCUUACUUUGGUACAACCACACUGGUGGCACUUGCUACAGCCCUGCUCACGCUACUCAUAUUCAUCUGCUGUUGCAUAAUC